AAACGCGGUCAUAAUUAACGUCAUCACAAUGAACUACAAUCGAUCGAACAUUCGUUAUCAAAAGGAUAUAAAUACCAACGCUUCUAACAGUUACAGUCACAGUCCAUCAGCAACAUCGACCAGCUCAAAUCGUUCACUAAACCGAACCAACUGCGAAAAUGAAGGUUUUUGUUACUUUGUUAUCUCUCUGUUUCGCACUCGCAGCCCAAGGAUCCUACAUUCCUUCAUCAUUGUCUCCUUAUUCGCUCGGCUGGAACUCCUGGAAUGGCUGGAACGACUGGAAUGGAUUGAACAGCUGGGAUGACCACAGUUCGGUUGCCUGGCCAGCAUAUGGAAACUCAUGGUCAUCGGCAGCGUGGCCAGCGGCUUCUCUCUACAACAAGGGCUGGAAUGGAUGGUAUGCACCAAAGACCACCGUCGUUCAGGCCAACAUUGCCAAAGUGAACCCAUGGGGACUUCCCUGGGGAUCAUACGGAAAUGGCUACAACAACUAUUUGGGAGGAGUGCCGGCUGCCAAAUACAUCGCCGCUAAUCCAGGAUCGGUUCAUGUAGCUCCCCUUGUUGGUCAUGCCGUCAACCAGAAAUUGAUUGUUGCUUGAAGAAUAAUUGAUUUUUCAAAUUGAUGAGAGAAUAAAUUG